AUGGGUAUGGCCCCCUUGUUUCCCUUCCUUCUCCUCCUCCUCCUCCCCGCCGCCGUAUCCGCCUCGCCGCCGGUGGCCCUCCGCCCUGGCUUCUACUCGGAGACCUGCCCGGAGGCGGAGGCCAUCGCGCGGGGCGUCCUCAGGCAGGCCAUGGCCAGAGAAAUUAGAAGCGCUGCCUCUGUUAUGCGCCUACAGUUCCAUGAUUGUCUCGUUAAUGUAAUCACAAACUUCCCAAGAGCCGACGCCAGCUCCCUCAUGGCCCUCUUCGCCAAAUUCAACCUAUCGACAAAAGAUCUCGUAGCCCUCUCCGGGUCCCACUCCAUCGGCAAGGCAAGGUGCUUCUCGGUGGUCUUCCGGCUCUACAACCAGUCGGGCUCGGGCCAGCCCGACCCGGCCAUCGACCCACAGUUCCGGGAAGAACUCGACGAGCUCUGCCCGCAGGGUGGGGAUGAGGAGGUCACGGGCAACCUGGACGGGACUCCUGAGAGAUUUGACAAUCGUUACUUUAGUGACCUGGUCGAGGGAAGGGGUUUCCUCAACUCGGACCAGACGCUUUUCACGUCUCGGGAGACGAGGGAGUACGUGAGGAUGUUCAGCCGGGAUCAAGGUGAGUUUUUCAGGGCAUUUGUAGAUGGGAUGAUUAAGCUAGGGGAUUUGCAGUCCGGGCGGCCGGGUGAGAUUAGGAGGGAUUGCAGGGUGGUUAAUGAUGGGCCGUUGUUGCUGACCCAAGCCAAACGUUAG